UGCCAACCCCCACUAUCCACAGCUCCUAGGCGGACUGACUUUGCGACGACCUCUCUUCCCGCCUUUCUUGCUUCUCGAACCAUCUUGCCUCCAAGACGCCACCACUUGGAUUCCCCGACCCGAUCCUUUUACAUUCUUGAGUUUGUUUUAGAAGCUGCGAAUCAGCAACAAAUCAGUCAAAAUGGCCGGUAACUUUGAAGAGGUUGCUAAGCAAUUCAUUGAGUUCUACUACAACACUUUCGACACUGAUCGCAAGGCCCUCAACGCUCUUUACCGUGAGCAAUCUAUGCUUACUUUCGAGUCUGCCUCUGUUCUUGGUGUCAACUCUAUUGUUGAGAAGCUUACCUCUCUUCCCUUCGAGAAGGUCAAGCACCAGGUCGAAACCCUCGAUGCCCAGCCUACCAUGGUUGAUGGCGGUAUCGUCAUUCUUGUCACCGGCAAGCUCCUUGUUGAUGAGGAGCAGCGCCCCAUGAGCUACACUCAGGCUUUCCAGCUUGCCCGCGACCCUAGCGGCCAGUACUUCGUCUUCAACGACAUCUUCAAGCUUAUCUACGGUUAAGCGGUUCAAGGACCGGCGCUUAGACGGCAAACAUAGUGAAGCUUGGCUAUCAUGCUGUUUUGUACAAACUCUAGAGGAAGCCCAAUCUCUUGGUUCUCCACCCAGCAUACUAUAGCAGUUUCGGCCCAACGAAAACAUAUACCUUGAGCUCUUUAGGCAACAAUGCCGCCCCGUGAAUGUGUUCCGUCUAUGUUUCCCCUUCUAAGAAGUAUUGGCAAUAAACCAUGGUUCAAGUAGCCCUGCAAGUAUAACAGUGACAAUACAUCAAACAGUCCAUUGUUUUAAGCUUCAUUGAUACAAGGAGCAGCCAUGCCUUGCUCUUUAUAGUGUUUCACCUCAUUUGGCGUCAGCGUUCUGUGGCGCACAGCGAGGGGC